CUUAAUAAUAUUGAUAUGAACUCUCCUUCAGUGGUCAGAGAAGUGUGGCAGGAGCAGACCAUACGGAGGUUGUCUCAGCUGAUAGAUCUCCCCCUGCUGGAGGGAGUGCUGAACUGCUCAAAGAUUGUUUCUCCCCCAUCUCGUGGCAGUAAUAAUGCCCCUGACCUGCUCUACACCAGCAACUACCUCGACCGAGAGGUUCUCAAAGCCUUCAAAGAAUCACAAGCUGAUGUUUGGCUGUCAGCAGCCAUCGACCUGCUGGAUUUCCUUCCGGAUCAGCUUGUGGUGGAGGUGAGCAGAGAACUACCCACGUUCUCCUGUGAGGAAGAGGGUGGCCAGAGCAUGGAUGACUGUAAACUACUGCUGUUUCAUGUACUGGACAAACACUACGGACACAUGGAGCGCAAGCCUCUCCUCUGUGACAGCAUGGCAGACGUCUACACUGAGAUCAUGGAACUCCUGAUGAAUGGGAAGUUUGAACGAGUGUUAGAAGUCCUGCAGCUGACGCUGAAGCUGCUGUCUGCGUCUGCACGCGAGGAACUGCGCAGGCUGCUGGAGUUUAUGGCCGCGGCUGCAGAUGCUGCAAAUGUCAAGCUGCACAAAGAAAUUGAAAACCGGGUGGUUGUGAAGAAGACGUUCACCAGAGCCGUCAUCCAGAGCAAGAGUCUGACGAAAGGAAAGACCGACCUGCUCAUGCUCUUCAUGCUUGACAACCACCAGGAGAUCUUCAAGAUUCCAGGGUCUCUUCACAAACUGGUCAGUGAGAAGCUGGAUGACAUUGUGAAACACAGAGAUUCUUCCACAACUGAUACCCCGUUUUGUCAGCGAGUGCCAAGAGACACGUACACCGAGACCAUGAAGGACUCGACUAAAAAUGAGCUGUACUCUCUCUUGAAAAACAUUGAUGAAAACACCAAAUAUCCCCUGAAAGAGAAGAAACGACUCCUGGCGCAGUUUUAUAAGGGUCAUCCAGACAUCUUCAUGCAGUAUUUUGGGUCUAGACUGAGCACACUAAACCUUCUUGAAGUUUAAGUUCAGUUUUUUUUUUUAUAG